GGGGCGAGGCUCAGUCAGGGCAGGGAGGGGGAGCUGUGGAAUGGCGGACGGCCGGGCUGGCCCGCCCUGGUGGUAACGAGCCGAGGGGGCCGGAGGGGACAGCUGCGGAGGGGGAACAGUGCCUGAAGCAGGUCCACCAUGCCGUUAGUAACGAGGAACAUUGAGCCAAGGCACCUGUGCCGUCAGACGUUGCCUAGCGUUCGAAGCGAGCUGGAAUGCAUGACCAACAUCACCCUGGCAAAUGUCAUUCGACAGCUGGGCAGCCUGAGUAAAUUUGCAGAAGACAUAUUUGGAGAGUUGUUUACUCAAGCCAACACCUUUGCCUCUCGGGUGAGCAUUCUAGUCGAGAGAGUUGACCGCUUGCAAGUCAAAGUCACUCAGCUGGAUCCCAAAGAGGAAGAAGUGUCCCUGCAAGGCAUUAACACCAGGAAAGCCUUCAAAAGCUCCACUACUCAGGACCAGAAGCUCUUUGAUAGAGAUUCUCUCCCCGUGCCUGUCCUUGAAACCUAUAGGACCUGCAAUACUCCUCCACCUCUCAACAUUCUCUCACCUUACAGGGAUGAUGGCAAAGAGGCACUUAAAUUCUACACGGAUCCUUCAUAUUUCUUUGACCUUUGGAAAGAGAAAAUGCUUCAGGACACCAAGGAUAUUAUGAAAGAGAAGCGGAAACAUAGGAAAGAGAAAAAGGAGAAUCCAAACCGAGGAAAUGUGAAUCCACGGAAAAUCAAAACCCGGAAAGAAGAGUGGGAGAAGCUGAAAAUGGGACAAGAAUUUGUUGAGUCAAAGGACAAACAUGGUCCUGCUGGGUACCCCUCUAACAUGGUGUAUCAGAACGGCAGCAUCGGUUCAAAUGAAAGCAUGGACGUGAACUGCUACCCGCCACCGCCGCAGACUGACUCUAUUGUGCCACCACCUCCUUCAUUCCCAGAUGACAGCCUGCCUCCGCCCCCGGUGGAAUUUAGCUAUCCUGUAGACAACCAAAGAGGUUCUGGUUCUGGAGGGACCAAACGAUCCAGCCUGGUUAGCCCAAGUCACCCACCACCAGCUCCUCCGAUCGGAUCCCCCUCAGCAGCCAGGCCAGGCUUUGCUCCCCCUCCGGCGCCACCUCCACCACCACCGCUGCUGGGAAACACCUCCCCUCCACCACCUCCCGUGGGCUUCCCAUCCCCGGGAACUCCACCACCACCCUCGCCCCCUUCUUUCCCUCCUCACCCCGAGUUUGCUGCCCCGCCACCACCACCACCCCCUCCAGCAGUCGAAUAUGCCAGCGUGCUCCCACCUCCGCUGCCACAGCCAGGCAGUGGGAAUACGCCGCCUCCCCCUCCACCACCGCCUCCUCCUGGCCCACCGCCUCUGUCUUCCGGUGGCCUGGAUGGUCCCCCACCCCCUCCUCCACCUUCAGACACCUCCGCCUCCAAGCCCAAGUCAUCCUUGCCUGCGGUUAGUGAUGCCAGGAGUGAUCUGCUUUCAGCUAUUCGUCAAGGCUUCCAGCUCCGCAAGGUGGAGGAGCAGCGGGAACAGGAGAAGCGGGACGUUGUGGGCAAUGAUGUGGCAACGAUCCUGUCACGCCGCAUCGCUGUGGAGUACAGCGACUCUGAGGACGACUCUUCGGAGUUUGAUGAGGACGAAUGGUGCCUGGGCAGAGGGAUGAAGAAAGCCAGCGGGUCCCAAGCUGUCUUGCAAUUGCCAUCCGCGCAGAAGCCUCUUCCAGUACCGAAAUGCAGCCAUGCCAAGAACAGCACUUUCGGACAGGCUCUCCUCUCCGGGAAACGCUGGCCGAUGCCUCCCGAUGCCUCCCAGAGCCACGGCUCCGGUGGUGGCCGGGGACGAUGCUCCACAGCCCAAGCCGCACCGGGAAAUGCCUCCCGCUGCCCCACUGCCUUCGGCAUUUGGUAAAAUGCUUACGAGCGGGGCCGCGUUUUCUUCAUUUCCUGCCUGCUCCUGCUUCCAAGGAAACAAAAUCCCCCAAGCCAGGGCUGAGGUUUCUCAUUUAAAUGUAACCCAGGCCAAUAACCAGGGCUGCUCAGCCCUCCCUGUAGCCCGGUGUUCCCAGCCCGGCCGCCCACGGUGGUGCAGGGGGGAUGUCGGGGCUCACGCUCCCUGCUGGGAUGCACCCAUCAUGGGCACCCCAGUAAAUCACUGGGAGCAGAGACCCAUCCCUAGGAUGCGGUGUGGGCGAUGGGCAGCUCUUGGCUCUGCCCCAGGCAUGUCCGUUGGGGUUCGGGGUGCUGGUGGGAGGUUUUGGGGUAGCAGCAACCUCCCUCCCUCCUCCAAUCUGGCAAAGCCAUCGUGUUUUCGGUACCAGGGCUCGAGUGGAGGCUCCUUAGCGGGUGGCUCUUGCCUGGCAGGGACCGGCCGUGGCUUUGCCAUGGUUACUGCCAGCUCUCUUGCCCGGCAUCGCUGCUCCUGGCAAGGUGGCAAAGGGCAGGCGGUGGAGCUGUAGCCGAGCCCCGCUGCUGCCAAUGGGACAGGGGCUGCCCGCAGCAGAUAAGGGGAAAAAAAAAAACCUGCCCGGACGCCCAUGCCCUCAUUGCAGCAUAGGCAGGGUUUGGAGGCAAGAGGCUGCCUGUGGCUUACAGCAUCUGCUGGGAGCUGUGGUGCUGGGCAGGGGGUGCCUGGGGAGGGCUGGGCCUGCCAGAUGUGCAUGCACAGCUGGGGUGAUGGCACGCCAGUGCCUUUAUCCUGCUCGCAGCCUCUUAGCUCCUAUUUUAACCCCAAAGAUGGGCCAUCGGUCCCUCCCGAGCCUCUCCUUCACAUCGGCGGCGUGGGGGUGGCUGCUCAGCGCUCGGGCGCCUUCUCGGAUGGAUUUGACU